UGACGCAGGAAAGCAGCACAUUAUAUGCAAUGAAUCUGUUUUUUCUAAACAUUGUAGGACUGUAACGCGCUAUUUUUUUCUUUUGCAUUUUUGCAAUGUCGACGUUGGGAACGAGUUAUUACGUUGAGUCGCCUGCUCUUCCCGAGCAUGAAGAUAUGGCACCGAGGUACUCAUCAGAUGCAGGGGUGGAGCAGACGAUGCUCACAGAAUAUGGCGGACACGAGUCUUUCCCUUUGCAGGCGAAAUCUUCUAUUUUUGGUGGAUCUUGGAAUCCCAUCCCGGCCCACCCUCCAGACACAGCCACACCGACCUAUAUACAUCACCAUUACACCAGCGGGGACAGCGAUGGCAUGUUUACGCGCUCCUGGGCGUUGGAUCCGGUCUCAGCGUCCCUGUGUUUGACGGGAUUACCAUCGACAGCAAUGCAUUAUGAGAUAAAACCCGAACCUCUUAUUGGGAGUGCUGAAUGUACAACUUUGGAGACCCACACACCUCUUUUGUCUGACAUCGGAAACGAAGCGUCCCUUGCGGAAAUUCCCUGCGAAACCACAUCCACGUCUAAAACCACUGAAGAGAGCCCGUCAGUAGAGGACAAGAGGGAGAUAGAUGCAAAUAACCCAUCAUCCAACUGGCUUCAUGCGAAGCCCACCAGAAAAAAGCGUUGUCCAUACACAAAGCAUCAAAUCCUCGAACUGGAAAAGGAGUUUCUGUUUAACAUGUACCUCCCCCGGGACCGUAGAUACGAAAUAGCGAGAGUCCUGAGUUUGACCGAGAGACAGGUGAAAAUCUGGUUUCAGAACCGCAGGAUGAAGAUGAAGAAAGAAAACAAAGACCGGCGGAGAGACAGUUAACUGGGUUUUGGCCGGUGGUGUGGCUGAUUAGAGCCUCAGGGGGGAGGGAGAGGGGGGUCUGUCUUUAAUAUUCCUGACCUGUUACACAUGUUGUUGUAAAGUUUGUGUUGUUAAAACAAUGCUGGGUGUUUUUUUCUAUGAUGUCCAGUGUUUUAUGUUUGCGAGAGGACAAAGUGUCCAAAUUUAGAUGUGUUGUAUUUGGAGCACAGAAAUAGUUAAACUACAGACCAUCUGUUAUUUGCAUGAAUGUAUCCUUGACUCCAUGAAUGUCUUAUAGCUACCUAUUUGCAUUGUUUAAGUUAUUGUUUUUGCAAUCUAGAUGUUUUUUAAACGUUAAGUUUUGAACCGUUUGUGGAAACACUGCACACUUAAAAUACCUCGUUGUUACAGGCUUCAUCCUAAAUAAAGAGUAGUUUGUAUAGCACAUGAGAAAG